UAUUAUUCAUUCACGUCAGCUCAUCCCCCCUCCUUCUCUUCCUUUUCUCUCUCUCUCUAUAUCUCUCUCCCUCCUACUUCACGCAAGCGCCGCCGUCCGUCGUUCCAAUCGCUUCUCCUUCCUUCCGCUCCAAAACCACGACCAGUCUCAUCGCCACCAUAAACCCGUUUUGGAACCAGGAGGAGGCGAGCCGGCGCCUGGGUAGAUGUGAUCCCAAGGUAAUGGCCAGGCUGGUGGACACAGGCACACAAACAGAUCCAGUAGUUGUGCUGUCCUUGGCCCAGGCCGCCGUGCUAGGUCUCAUUUCCCAGAAUGAAGUCUUUGGCGCAACCAUCGCACCCAACGGCUUCUACACCGGUGAGCCUAAAGAGUCACCCGCGCCACAAGUAGACGGAGUGGACUACGAGUACGCGGACCAGCUUAUUGGCGCCAACGGAGAUUACCUCGGGGACAAUUUGGCGGAAGACGGACAGAUGCAACCCAGCUGUAGUCAGAGAAGAUGGCAGCAGGGGCCUCCUCAGCACCCUGACGUGAAAAUGGUGGUCCCUGAACGCCAUGUCCUCCAAGGCGGUGAUGGGACAGUCGCUCACAUUAAAGGGGAAGUCGUGAACUCUGUCAUGACCUCAUGUGUCCACAUGCUUAACAAUAUGGCUCCCAGGGGGGGUUUAGUUCAAGUGGAUCCGGCGACCCUGAGAGGAACCAACAAGAACUGUUCGGAGUGUGAGCGGGAGGCCUCUAACCACCAGCAGAAUGCCGCUACCCACGUCCACGCUCCGCCUCCCACCCAGGUGGUUCACCGAGGAGGGGAGCACAGAGGAUUGCAGGGCCAGCGACCUCUAGGGCCCCACGGCCGAGGUGUCCGUGAGGGUGAGGAGGAGGUAGAUCACCAGGGCAAUAACAUGAUGAAGCCCAACCAGCAAGAUGAAGCCAUCAGCAGUUACUUCCAGACCAGUGAAGUGGGCAGCUAUGAUUCGGGGGAAAUGUCCAUGGGGAAUGAGUAUGAAGAUGGCAGCCAGAACAUGAUGUGGACGGAUGGAAGCGGCGCCGGGGGUGGAGGUGGGCAGCACCAGCAACCUCAGCCUCCGCAGCCCCCUCGUCGACACGGCGGCCGCAGAGUGGACCGCUUAGACAUCAACAUCCAAAUUGACGAAUCGUACUGCGUAGACGUGGGCGACGGCCUGAAGCGCUGGAAAUGCCGCAUGUGCGACAAGUCGUACACGUCCAAGUACAACCUGGUCACGCACAUCCUGGGCCAUAACGGCAUCAAACCGCACGCGUGCCCUCACUGCGGCAAGCUCUUUAAGCAGCCCAGCCACCUCCAGACCCACCUGUUGACCCACCAGGGCACGCGACCACACAAGUGCACCGUGUGCAAAAAAGGCUUCACACAGACCAGCCACCUGAAGCGCCACAUGCUGCAACACACCGACGUCAAGCCGUACAGCUGCCGCUUUUGUCGCCGCGGCUUUGCCUACCCCAGCGAGUUGCGGGCACACGAAGUCAAGCACGAGCGUGGCCGCUGUCACGUGUGCUCUCAGUGCGGCCUGGAGUUCCCCACCUAUGCCCACCUCAAACGCCACCAGACCAGCCACCAAGGGCCUCACACCUUCCAGUGCACAGAGUGCAACAAGUCUUUCGCCUACCGCAGUCAGCUUCAGAACCACCUUCUGAAGCACCAGAGUCCCAGACCUUACACCUGCUCCCAGUGCGGCUUGGAGUUUGUGCAGCUGCACCACCUACGCCAGCACUCGCUCACCCAUAAGGGCAUGAAAGGCCACAAGUGCGAAGUGUGCUCGCGCGAAUUUACACUAUCAGCCAACCUCAAGAGACAUAUGCUGAUCCACAACAGCGUUCGGCCCUUCCAGUGUCACGUGUGCUUCAAGAGCUUCAUCCAGAAGCAGACACUCAAAACGCACAUGAUCGUCCACCUGCCUGUGAAGCCCUUCAAAUGCAAGGUGUGUGGUAAGUCUUUCAACAGAAUGUACAACCUACUGGGUCACAUGCAUCUGCACGCUGGCAGUAAACCCUUCAAGUGUCCCUACUGCACCAGCAAGUUCAAUCUGAAGGGCAACCUAAGCAGGCACAUGAAGGUCAAACAUGGCAUGGAUGUGUCACCUGAAGGACAAGAAGUACUACCUGAAAUGGAGAGCCAGCCAGAGUAUGAAAGCCAGAACUUCAGCUUCACGUCAGCCGACAACAUGGACAAUAACGGCUCGCAAAACCUCACCAAGCUGACCACUGCUAGCAUGGAUGACAUGGAGGAGUACUACAACUUUGGCAAGGACACGAGUACCUACACCACACCCUAAGUGGACACAAGGAUGUGUGGAUGUGUCAUGGGAUUAAUAAUGACUUUGAGCUGCUCGAUUUUGGGACGCCACUGACUCAAACCUUUCUUGUUGUGUGUGUGGAUUUGUUACAAAAAUGAAAAACGAAAAAAAGUUCCACAUCCAUCAGUUACAUUCUAUGUGAUUCAUGUCAUGCACAAGCAACCCUUAUUGUUUGUACUCAAACAGCUAUGUACUUGCUCUAUAUAGUAUGUAUAAACAUGUUUAAUACAUAGUCACUACUCGUUCUUAGGUUUUAACACAUUUAAAAUAACAGUUUUUAUGUGCACUUCUCUUGACACAUCCCCACCUCCAUUUUCAAGGAAGUAGUUCAUGGAACUUGAAGGAUCCAUUGGACAUGCUCACCACGCCACCAAUGUUCCCGACUUCUCAAAACUGAGCAAACAUGAUACAAAGAUUUUGCUCAGGCAGUUUUUUUCAAUGGGCCGAAGGAAAAAAGAUUGUAAAAAGCGGCAAUAUUAUUUCUUCAUUGUCAACUUUGCUUUGGCUUGGAGCUAUUGUUUGUCUGUAUUUAGCAGGCCUUUCACUUUCUAUUCAAUUCAAGCAGAAACGUAUGAUUUGCUCCUAAAGUGUAGAUUGUGUACAAAAAUGUUGGGUAAAACCCUGGACUGAGGAAGGUCGUGUUUAUGUUGACAAUUUUGUUGUGGGGAGGAUUGAUGGUUCCCCCUGUCCUGCCAUGCAGGUCAGUCAGCUUUGAUAUGCACACUAAACAACAGCAACUAUCGACUAGUUCAGUGUUUCCUAACCUACUAUAGAGCCAAGUUAAAAAUAUCUAAUUUUCUGGGGAGAUGGAGGAUGAUAGUAUGGCCCGUUAAAUUGGACACAAAGCUGCCACCUAAAGGAAGACGGAUGAAUUGUUGUGGAUGUCACAAUGUCGCCAGCACAAAUCAGUGAGUUAAUAAUUUUUGGACUCUAUGACUGUGGUGGAAUAAUUUUCCGUAGGCUCCCUGGUUGGAAAUUAAUCACUGGACUAGUUGAUGAGGAGCUAAAAUGUCAUGGAAAGUGACUGUGAGUUAUUUAAUUAAAAAAAAAAUCUCUAGUUUAAAUGACUGCUGCUUUAUCAUGUUUUAAAGAUUUUUUUUCUUGAUACACCUUGAUAUGAUCAGAACCUCUCCCCUACAAUAAAAAUGUAAAUAUAUACAGAACAUUGAAUAAGUUAAUGGAUUAAAACAUGAUGAGAAUGUCACAUGAUAAUCGUAAUUUGACAUAAAGUACUAAUAUAUGAAUGAAUAAUAUGUGUAUAUACAGUUGUUAAAUUUGUAAAUGAUUAGAAUGGUCAUUUAAAAAAAGGUAAAUGGACAGUACUUAUAUAGCGAAUUUAUCUGCAUGGUUACCAUGCCCAAAGCGCUUUACAUUAGCACACAUUUACCCAUUCACGCACACAUUCACACACCAAUGGGGCUGCUGCCAUGCAAGGCGCUGUCAAGCCAUUGGAGGCAAAUCAGGGUUCAGUGCCUUGCCCAAGGGCACUUCGACAUUGGGCAGUCGUAGCUGGGAAUCGAAGCACUGACACUUCGGUCCAAGGACAACUCCAGCUACCAACUGCGCCACGGCCGCAUUAGUAAGACAUUAGUAGUCACACCAAAAAGUAAUAUUGCAUGAUUUGUUUACAGAAAUAAAGCUGUAUUAUUUGGAUAUAUUUAAAAGACAGAAGAUGAAAACAAUCUGAGGGGAAAAUAUAUACAGUGGGGAGAACAA